CGACGAGCUUGCUUCCAGAUGGUGGGGGCACAGGGCCGAGUGGCUUCUGGCUCAAGGGGACUGACUUGGAGACAGAUGAAGCCGCUUAGAUAUGGUUUCUCACAUGGAAAUGCAUCUCAAGCCUCAUUUGAUCAUUGCGGGACAAGAAAGAAGUGGCGGUGAGAAUCUGGUCCGUGUGGCAGAACGGAGAAAGAGAAGGAGUCGUCUAUUUACACCAAAGGUUCGAGGAGAGCCGACAAGACAUCAGCAAGCAAUAAUUAAAAUCUUACGCGGGGCGCUAUUUGCGGUGUGUCCCUCCACCCGGACAGAAAAACACGCCCAGUCAGCCGCCCCUGCAAAGCCCGAGGACAAGCGAGCGACUAGCCGACAAGCAUCGAGCGAGCUCAGACAGCUAAGAGCCGUCCUCGAUUCCACUGUAGCCGCGGGCUAUGGACCGCAGCAGCGACCGGCAAAAUGCCAGCGAGAGGACGGCGCUCUUGGGCGCGGCACAGGUCGCGCAGCCCGCCGAGGCCGUAGAGGCAUUGGCGGACGGGGCCGCCAAGAAGGGCUACGGCGCAACCGGCGACCGCAACGGCACCCGCAACGGAGACGGGCCGGCCUCGUCCUCAUCCUCGUCCUCGGUGGCCCCCGGGUCCGUCGUUGACGAGGAGACGGCCCCUGCCGCCGCCCCCGACGACGGCGACGACCACAUCCCCAAGGCGCAGGUCUUCUGGCUCUGCAUGGCGCGGCUCGUCGAGCCCGUCGCCUUCUUCUCCAUCUUCCCCUACAUCAGCGAGAUGGUCAAGCACAACGGCGGCCUGGCCGACGCCGACGUCGGCUUCUACAACGGCCUGACCGAGUCGCUCUUCAGCCUGACCCAGGCCGCCGUCAUGAUCAGCUGGGGCCGCCUGGCCGACCGCGCCGGCCGCAAGCCCGCCCUGGUCGCGUCGCUGGCCGGCGUCGCCGUCGCCACCGCCGCCUUCGGCCUGUCCACGUCGCUGCUCCAGAUGGCCGCCGCCCGCUGCCUCGCCGGCGUCUUCGCCGGCUCCGUCGUCACGGUCCGCGCCAUGCUGGCCGACGUCAGCACCCCGGCCACCCAGGCCCGCGUCUUCAGCUGGUUCGCCUUCUCCGGGAACCUCGGCAUCUUCGUCGGCUCCCUCAUGGGCGGCGCCCUCGUCGACCCGGCCCACCAGUACGGCGGCGUCUUUGCGCGCAGCGCCUUCCUGAGGGACUACCCCUACGCGCUGCCCAGCUUCGCCGUCGGUGCGCUGUCUGCCGUGGCGUGCGUGACGACGGCGCUCUUCGUCAAGGAGACCCUCCCCUCUUCCGACGACGACGACGGCGACGACGGCAAAGUGCUUGCCAACAGCAGCAGCAGCAACGACGACGACGACGACGGCGACUUUGAGAGCGAGGCGGCGAGGAAAAAGGCAUCCGCGGCGGAGAAGGCGCGGCAGGAGUCCAUCUGGCAGCUGCUCCACGAGCCGGGCGUGCAGCCGGUGCUGCUCAACUUUGCGUGGCUCUACUUUGUGGCGUCGGGCUACACCGUCAUCAUCCCGCUGUGGUGGUUCACGCCCGUCUCGCUCGGCGGCUUCGGCUUCACGCCGCUGCAGAUCUCCGUCAUGACGGCCUUUACCGGCAUCGUGCAGGCCGUCUGGCUCCUCGUCGUGUUCCCGCCGCUGCAGCGCCGGCGCGGCACCAACGGCGUCAUGCGGCUCUGCGCCGCCGCCUACCCGCUCUUCUUCGCCGUCGCGCCCGUCGCCAACGCGCUGCUGCGCCUGGGCCUCGGGCCGGCCUUUUGGGCCUUCUUCCCGCCGUCGCUGGCGCUGAGCAGCGGCGUCGCCAUGGCCUUUACGGCCUCGCAGCUCGCCAUCAACGAGGUCAGCCCCUCGCCGCGCGUGCUGGGCACCCUGACGGCCUUCUCGCUCAUGAUGACGAGCGUCUCGCGCGCCGUCUGCCCGGCCCUCUUCACCAGCCUGUUCGCAAUCGGCGCCAGGACCCAGCUGCUGGGCGGCUACGCCAUCUGGGCCCUCCUGGCCGCCCUGGCCGCCGGCUUCGCCGCCGUGACCAGGCUGCUGCCGGACUACGAGGAGCUCAGGCGCCAAAGGCUCGAGAGGGUGCGGGCAGAGGCGGGGGAUGCGACGGUCGCGAGCGGCCUGUUGGAGUUGAGGGGCAAUUGAUGGUGGUGGACCUGACGAUGAUCAUUGUGCGUAUGUCUACUCUGAAGAUGGGACCACACACUUCUAGACAUGUUUCAUGGCUUUAGACCCAGAUAGAUCACAUCUUAUCUUGAAUACCCAGAAGUAUCAGAUAGAUAGAUACUUACUGUCCCACUACUCUGCGCAUUCGCUGGACUACAAAGUUGCGUAUCGUGGCCCCCGGGCAACACUAAUCAAAAGGAGUCCAAGACUCAGCAUGAGAAACUUGAUGAGAAAAAUUGUUUGUUAAAGUAUUUGCGAGAAGGAGAAUAAGAGGGAGAAC